AUGACGACAAUAUCAGAUCUUCCAUGGGAUGUGGUAGGGGAGAUUCUCUCUAGAGUUCCACUGACAUCUCUGAGAGCAACACGAUCAACUUGCAAAACUUGGGAAGCUUUAUCGAAAAAUCAGAUUAUUGGCGAAAAAGCUGCACCAGCAAGGAAGCAGUUUCUAGGGUUCAUGAUGAAGGAUUUAAGGGUUUGUUCCUUGAAAUUCGAUCUCCAAGGAAUCCGCAACCACAGUGACUUUGUUGAUCCAUCUAUAAAGAAGAUAAGUAUACUUGAUCAAGUAGAGAUAACUAGAGUUUUUCACUGUGACGGUUUACUGUUAUGCGUCCUCAAUGACAGCUCGAGGCUCUUGGUAUGGAAUCCUUAUUUGGGUCAAACCAGGUGGAUCCAACCCAGACAAAAUUUCGACGUGUUAGACAGGUAUGCUCUCGGAUAUGACAAGAACCGUAACCACAAAAUCUUGAGGGUUUUUGGUGAGCAGCAAACAGUUUUUGGGUACGAAAUCUAUGAUUUUAGCUCUAAUUCAUGGAGGUUUGUUGAUCAUAAACCCGAGUGGUUUAUAUGGUCUCAUCAACGUGGUGUGUCUUUGAAAGGAAAUACUUAUUUUGCUGCUAAAAAGAAAACAACAGUUGGUGGAUGGAAGAUUGAAGAUAUCUUACUCUGUUUUGAUUUCACAACAGAGAGAUUUGGACCGAGUCUGCAUCUUCCAUUUUGCUCUGAUGAUGCAAAAGACAAUGUUGCUUUAUCUUGUGUUAGAGAUGAGCAGCUCGCCGUGUUACAUCAAUACAAGGAUAUUUGUCUGAUAAUGGAUAUUUGGGUUACGAAUAAGAUUGAUCCCAAUGCAGUGUCGUGGAACAAGUUUUUGAGAAAGUGGGCUGGUUAUCCGGUUGACACUGAAGGUGGGAGUUUCUUCAUUGACGAGGAGAAUAAUGUUGCUGUGGUUUUCGAUCUAGACCAAAUUAAACCGGUCAUGGCCUCAGCUCACCUUGUUGGACAGAGGUACUUCAAAUCUGUGAAUAUCGGAAAAGUUCUUAAUAUCGUCGAAGUUGACAAGUUUGGAUUUUUUAAGGUGAAUUAUCGUCUCCCACUUGUGUGCUCUUCUUAUGUUCCAAGUUUAGUGCCACUGCAAAUCAACCAACCGGGCAAAACAAAAGAUAGAGGUUAUAAAACCAAAAGAAAAACAAAAAAAAGGAAAAAAUUUGAUAGAGAUUACUAGUUAGUUUAGUUCCUUUAUUUAUUUGGUCUUAUUUGCAAUACAUUACUAAUUGUUUCUUGCAUCUCUCCUGUUUUCAAUUUAUUUUAUGUCCCCCCUUUUUUUUUUGUUUCCGCCAUUUUAUGUCCCCUUGACCCUUGUUAAGUAGCAAACUUUUCAUAUAUAUGGUCGUAAUUUUCUUUGUGAUUAUGUUAUCUCAAUCCGUCUCCUUUU